CAUUGAAACAUGAUCUAAGCAUUGUCCCCUAAAAUACCAAGCAUCAGCUGGAGGGGACAGUGAAAAUAGAUAUGAUAAAUCACAGUUUUCUGAUCUCACCUUCACCUCCUGUGAUCUCAUUUUUAUUCCUUGCCUCUCUGUCUGGAGGUCCUUUCGAGUAGUAUCUACAUAAAGCAUCUUUGUACAUCCACAAUAUUUCAAGCUGGCCCUUCAGUGAAAAUUGUGGGAGAAGAAAAGGCAACUUCUGCUCAAUUACAACAGCGAUCAGAAUGAUUAGUGCUGUAGAUGGCAAUCAGGCAACUUCAGUGCUUGAUCAAGGAGAAUGGUUGAAUUUGAGCUUAGGAAGGAACUUGCCUUCAACGUCUAAAGAAUCUGAGUCACAUAUACCUACUUCUGCCAAGGUUUUUUCAUGUAACUUCUGCAAGCGGAAAUUCUACAGUUCACAGGCGUUGGGAGGCCACCAGAAUGCUCACAAGAGAGAAAGAGGGGCAGUAAGACAGUACCAGUCCCAGUCCCAGAGGAUGAUAACAAUGAUGGCUUUGCCAAUCAAUAACCCCAUGUUCAGAUCACUUGGUAUGAUUCCCCACUCACUUGUGCAUAAAUCCGGCAGAGAUGCAAGUGCAACUGUGGCAACGUUCAGCGAGGCUGGUGCAGGAUUUCAAAUUACAUCGCAUACCAAUCAAAUGAACAGAUCAUUUGAUCUGAAGUGGCCAGGAAGUUUUCAACUAAAUCAGCAACAAUCAAAAGACCAUGCCUCAAAUCCCAAUAAGCUUGAUCUGAAUCUAAAGCUGUAAUUAUUCUCCUCAUUCAUAUAGCUGCCACCCUAACUAGUUAAGGAUUGAGGCAUAGUUGCUAUUGUUGUUUUAUCCGUCCCAUAUGGAACUCUUUAUUUGCCCAUCUGUUACAGCUUCAGGCCAUCAGUACAUGAACUAAUUUGAUGGACUGUGGACAACAAUUUAGACCAAAAGAAUCCUAUAGUAGUACAGCUCCCUGAUAUCAGGAUUUUUUUCCGGACCUAGUGUCGCAGGAUCAACAUCAAGAAUUUCAAGCCUUUCUCAUGUCCAGAUAUGAAACCGAAAGUGUGAUAUGUACUUAAGUGUUGUUCCUACAGCACCUGAAACAACUUAACACCACAAUCUCCAUCAAAUAUAUAGCAGAAGGUUCUCUAGUUUGUGUUUA